CUCAGCUCUCACAGUUGUCAAAUGUGGAAAAUCAGGAUUAAGCAAAUUGGAAAUUCGGAAAAUUCAAGGAAAAUAGUGCACGUCUCAAACGUGAUGACUCAAAAUCUGCUGUUCAAACUGUAAAUAUCAUUCAUAAAUUGUGCCGAACAGGCGGUUUACGGGCAACUCCUACCAUAAAAACAAUCAAACUUGCGGGAAAUUCCUCCACCACCCACAAACGAAAGGAGAUGCCUCCCAAAGGAGGUCGUUGCAGAGAGAUGUCCUAGCCAGUAGCCCGCGGUGCCGUGAAGUGCUUAAAUAUAAUCAUUUCGUUCACGUCGUCGAACAGUCGACUGUCUCAGUUAGCUUGUGCGCUAACGUUCCGCUGAUACCUGAACGAAGCAAAAUGCCGGAACACCUGGAAUUGCAGCAGCUAGUUGGUGGAGUGCUUCAGGGAAACGUUAAUCAUCGAUCGUUGUUCCCUUGGGUUCAAUGCUCGUGUCCAUAUUUGGGUAUAAUACUUGCCACCGUUUCGUCUUUGUUCUUUUCGUUAUGCUCCGUGAUUGUGAAGGGGCUUGUUGAUAUCAAUCCAAUUGAGCUGGCCACAUUUCGGUUCAUCGGUGUCCUGCUUCCGUCGAUCCCUAUCGCAAUCUACAAGGAAGAAAGUUUCUUCCCCAGAGGUAAGCGUAUAAUACUGGUGCUACGAUGUUUCGUCGGAACGACCGGACUAAUGCUGAGUUUCUAUGCGUUUCGCCAUAUGCCACUGGCGGACGCUUCGGUGAUCAUAUUUUCCACACCAGUUUUUGUUGCAAUCUUUGCGCGGCUAUUUUUAAGGGAAAGCUGUGGCAUGUUCAACGUGCUAACGAUAUUUCUGACACUGAUAGGUGUGGUCCUGAUAACAAGACCCCCGUUUCUGUUUGGGUAUGGCGCGCGCAGCGUCAGCGAAGAGCAGGUUGUCGAGUCGAACUAUGACGUUUGGGGUCCGGUGGCGGCACUUUCAUCCACGCUAUUCGGUGCCAAUGCAUAUGUUCUGCUUCGUGCGCUCAAGGGAUUGCAUUUUUCCGUUAUUAUGACUAACUUUGGUGCGUUCGCACUGGUUUACACGCUGAUUGUUUGCUAUUAUCUGGGAGCACUUUGCUGGCCCCUGUGCGGGUCUGAUCGGUUGUUGGUGAUCGCGUUGGCACUGUUCAGCUUCGGAGGGCAAAUUUUAUUGACUCUCGCGUUGCAGUACGAACAGGCUGGACCCGUUGCCGUCGCCCGGUCAGCCGAUAUUGUGUUUGCCUUCAUCUGGCAGAUCAUGUUCUUCAGGGAAACGCCUAGCAUUUACUCGGUACUGGGGGCAUUGCUCGUUGUUAGUUCAGUUCUGCUGUCUGGACUGCGAAAGUGGGCGCUCGCCCUUCCGAGAGAUUCGGAAUUGAGAAAAAGAUUCAAAUUCCUUGUUUUGGAGUAGUAUGUGGGAAAGUAUUAUAGUUAGUAGGUGUGCCCCACACUAAGUCUGUAUCGUUUUACUACGAAGAAAGAGCAGAGAAAAACAAAAGUUCACUUGUACACAAAAAUCAAACUAAAUUUCAGGUAGGGAUAAUUUUCUGUAAGAUCUAAUAGCUAUAAGGGCAUUGGGUUCCAAAGCGUAUUGUAUUGACUGCGGCCUAAAUUUUGCGGAUUUGUAUCAUUGAAGCUAGGUAAAGUGUAGAAAAAUUGUACGAAAAAACACUUUUGGGCAGAGUAACGCUCGAGUUGUUGGCCAACGAAUCCCUAUUUAUUCUAAACUUGCUGAUUGAUAGGUUGGGAAACCGAUAGUAUCUCGUUGGUAGGCGUUCAAACAAUGUCUACUGCUCUAUGUCAUUCCAACAAACAACGGGACGGAGGAUAUCAUUGUUUUCUCCUCUAACUAACAUAAAUGCACUGUAGAUUCUGCCGUGACUAUAUUUUACGAUCUCCAAUCGGUUGACCAUCUCGCAGUUCUUUUAAUUCAAAAUUGAAUGACUACUGCCAGUUAUGGUUCCAAAUUGAAUGUUAAGAAGUCUCAUUCAACAUGCGCUGCGUCUAAAGAAACUCCGUUUUUGGACAGGAAAGAUUUUAGCGAUGAUAAAUGCAUUACAACAAUUUUGUAUCCAAUUUUAAAGCGAUUUUGACUGCCAUAUACCUAAAUAAUUGGUUUGUUUAAAGUUUAUCUUGCCCGACUUACUCACUGCCGUUAGACGCAUAUUUGUCCCAUGCUCUAUGGGAUUCCUUAUAUACAUGGGACAAUUAUGCGUAUAAAGGUAGUUCAGCAGUGAUACAAAGUGGGUAACUCAUAAGGUAAACAUGAAUAGGUAUGAGACCACUAAUGCUAGGCAGAUACCACCGAUGCUGAGUUAGGUAAACAGCAGACGGGUGUGUAGGCGAUUUGUCGGUCGUGGUUUUAUGAAUGUAAAUGUUGUUUAACGCGAAUCUAUUCUUCGCAUGCUUGGGUAUUUUUAGAGACUGGUCAUGUUCUAGAGCAACGUCGCACUUAAGACGGUCGGAUCUAGUGCGGUUUUUUGAUGAUCUGAUUAACUCUGUAGGUGACACCAGAUCUUGACAAAAAUAUAUAUUUAAUGCGGGGCAUUUUCGGAUGAGGAUAAAAAUUUGCUUUUUCAACAGCUACCAAAUAUUUUCAGCUUCAUUCCUGAAAAAAUCUUCAAAUUGACAGCCCCAAGAUCAUUCCGGUUUAUGUUAAUAUGUUGUUCCUUCAACACUAGUGAUCUGCCCAAAACGUCCGAAAUUCAAUCCAACAUUUUCCAAGCCAAGAUAAUCUAAAGUACUAUCAUAAUAGUGUGCAAGUGAAACCAUUUUACGACGACCAAAUCUGUUUAUCUGAUAAGAAUUGUAAAUUUUAUCGAAAUCCUCUUUGAUAUCGCACCCCGUAGCUAUGCUUAGGUUCAGAAUAUCUCAAUCGUCUAGUUAUCCUAAUAAGUCCAUAGGUUUGUGUUCGGUUUAAAGCACAAGCCUUCCUUAUUGAGCAAACAUCAUUAGAUAGAAUUUCACAUGAAUACUCAAUUUGUGCCACUCUUAUCCUUUAAUUAGGCCGCCUUAUUCAGGCGUAUACAAAUCUAAUCUCUUGAUUGCGUGCGAUGACGAGCGUUAGCUAUUAAAGAUUACACAUUUAUAUGCAUAAAUUGAUACUCCUUUUAACCAGGCACCGUAAACUACUAAGUGCGCUCAAGGAAUUAAUAGCUGUUGUAGCAAAAGCGAAGUGACAAACAAACUUACACUAAACUACCUUUACACUGUUUCAGUUAGGCUUGAAAUUUACACGUAAUUGGCAAUCGUUUUGUACCAAAAAGGGCAAACAAACACGAUAUUACUAUGAGUUAAAUAGUGCAAUAUUUUACGUUACAAAUAUGUGAUUACUACUACUAAAUAUAGAUCUCAUAAAUGUAUGUUCAACGUAAAAUCAGUUUAAUUUUAGAUAUCAAGAAUUUUGUUAUUGUACAGCAGCACGCAAUGGAGCAAAUACAAAUAGUUUAUUUCGUUACAAGACACUUGUUGUGUGGUUGGUAAAAAAUAAAGUGAUACCAAAAGCUAGUCACGCCUCGAUGCAAAGUCGUACUAAGAGAAAGCAAACCAAAAAUAUUUAAGCUGUAAAAUCAUUAAAAGGCUAUAUGAUAUUAGAUACAUCUAUCGAAUACUUUA